AUGACAGCAAAAGCAUCCAAAAUAGAACACACAAAUGCUCAUGAAAUAUCUGAAAGACCUCAAAGUCCUUCAGGAAUUACCAAUGACAAUAAUAUUAAGCAAGUAAUUGAAAAUAAUGUUGUAAAUGAAACAUAUAUAAAACCUCAGGAAACACCUGUUUCAGUUGUGAAUGCCACAUAUGUAAAAUCUCCAGAACAACCUGUACCAAGUGCAAACGAAACAGUGGUAAUUCCAAAAGGACAAAGAAUGUUAGUUACAACUCCAUUAAAUAAACAAGUACAUGUAGAUGAAUUAUUAACAGAUGAUGAAGAUGAUAGACCCAAUAUAUACAUGAAAUCAAAAGGUACUACUACUAAAAAACCUAUAUUUAGUCAAUACGGAACAAGUCCUGUUAAAAAACGAGUUGAAGCUUUUGAAAAAUUGGGUGCAGGACAAACACAGACAACAACGAAAAAAAAAUUAAAAGAAAACUCAAUAAAACCAUCACAUUCUAUUAAAUCAAAACAAAUUACACCUCUUAAAAGUGGUAUACCAACUUACACAAACACUCCUUUAAGUUCUUCCAAAAUGCAGUCUGCUUCAAAAUCAACUUUGAAGAAAAUUUUACCUCCAAAAACAAUCAGCGCUCUAAAAACAUCUCAACAGGAAUAUAUAGAGAGAGAGGCGAGACGUCGAGCAAAAGAACAAGAAGCAUUACGUAAAAAAGAAGCGUUAUUACAAGCGAAACAACAAGAAAUUAAACGUAAAAAUGAAGAGAAACAAUUAAAAGCUCAAUUGAAACGCGCUGAAGAAGUGGAUAAGAUUCCGCAUCCACACAAACUAGCAAAAAUGGAUUUACUGAAUAAAGUACCACAAAAGAAAAAAGUGCGACCAAUUUAUAUGGAUAUGACAGCGCCGUUGUUGCCGCUGGAUGAUUGCUUUGAUAGUGACGAUGAAAGACAAGGAAGCUAUGAACGUCCCGAUUGGACACGAACACGACAAUUACUCCCUUCUUUAAUGCGUGUUACUUAUGCUGGAAUGGAUUUUACAAACACAUUUUUUAUGCGAAAAGCUACCACUCCGAAUUUAGAAGAUCUUUUUGGUCCAAUGAAUAAGAAAAAGUUACAACGCACAUCUAGUGCUGUUUGGACCAAACCGCCAAGAUUUACACUUAUUCCAAUACCACAACAAGAUGAAGAAGAGGAGGAGGAUAUUUAA